AUGAAUAGAAGAGUAGUUCGAUGGCCUCGUCGAAACCGGGAUAUUGAAAAAGAAACACUUAUUUCGAACAUCACUUGUGCUGGUUUAGCAAUAGAUGGAAAUGGAUAUCUCUAUUUUGUUGACUCUCAAGAACAUGAAGUGCGACGAUAUAGAAUUGGUGAUACCAUAGGAACAGUAGUUGCAGGUGGUAAUGAAAAUGGAACUCGGUUGGAUCAACUUUCUAAUCCUGAAUGCGUAUUUAUUGAUCGGGAUCAUUCAGUGUAG